AGAAAGAAAGAAAGAGAAGGUUAAGUAGAGAGUUGAGAACCACUGUUCUUUCUCUUUCCUCUACCUGGGUAAGCUAUGAGAGAACGGUAGAGUGUCCUCGUAAAACCAAGCGAGAAAGCCGAUCGCAUUGAGUUGAAGGGGAUAGACGAUGAACAACAACAGCAGCCUAGAGUUAGACAGUCGUCUACUGUGGCCCGUAUAAAGAAGGACACCCGAUAUAUAUAUAGGAAACCCAUAGAAAGGAAAGGAUGGCAUUGUAUUCCUAGUCGUUGUGUCGUUGUCGUCCUAAUAAUCACCAUACGUUUUUUUUGUGCAAUAGUUAUUGCUGUUGGUUGGUUGGUUGGUUGGUUGGUUGGUUAUUGUGACGGUUGUGUCGAGGCCGUUUCCAGGUGGCAUAUAGGUAAAAAGGGGUGGGGUGGGGUGGGGGCAGGUACGAGUAUGUGGCCCGUUUAAAUAAGGACACCCGAUACGUAGAGAACCCAUAGAGAGGGAGAUAGAAAGAAGAAGAAGAAGGCAUUAUACUGUUGGUCGCGUUGUGUCGUCAUCAUCGUAGUCCCCUUUGGUGUUGCUGUCGUUGUCGCUGGUGUUGUCCAAGCGGUGUUGGGGCCGUUUCCAAGUGCCACCGAAGAGGGCACACUUAUGUGUUAGUCGGUGUUCGUCGCGAGCCAGAAACCAUCGUCGUCGUCAUCGUAGUAGUAGUAGUACUCUCUCUCUCUCUCUCUCUCUUUUACAUAAAACGUGUGCGUGGUAAUUGAACCUUUACGUCAACGUCUUCUGUCUCAUAGAUUUUUCUGUUCGUACGAUGACUCAAGAAUAAGAAGAAGAAGAAAAAUAAAGGAAAUAAGGUCUCUUUCUUGGAGAGGACAAAUGCCCGGUGUUGAAGUUUCCUUCAACCUUUCUUUCUUACAUUGGGAAAGAGAAAGAGAGAGAGAGAUAAAGAUAAUCAGAGAGUUGGUUUUUCUUAAAAAAAGGAAAGAGAAAGACGACGCAUCGAGAACUGCAGUGCGGCGCGGGGAUAACCACAUAUACCCUUUCUCUCUUUCAUUUCACUCCCUUCUAGUCGACGAGGACGACUCACAGUCGCCGAACCUAAUUCUAAGGAACAAAUAUAAAGGAAGAACUCCAGGAAGAGGAGGGGGAAAUAGAAAAAUUUCUGAACACAUUCUUCAUGGUACGAAUGUUAGGAAGAGGAGGAGGAGGAGGACGCUGUUAGGUUCGACGAGUAAAGUGCACCGCGUGUGUGGGUCGGCUGGACGAAAGGAAAUCGGGAGAAAGGGAGUGGGGGAAAAGGAGGAGAAGAGUGUAUGUGUGAGAAAGAGAGAGAGAGAAAGAGAUGAGCACGUUCUCCUCGUACAGUCGCACGAACGAAAGUCAAAUGUGUUCGAGACAUUGCCGGCACAGUGUUGUCACAUACGAUAUGUAAAGUUUAACGCGAUUUCAACCUUAAAUCGUUGUGUGCGUAUGUGUGUAUGUAUGUGUGAGCGGGGGGGGCAUGCACGGGUGCGUGUACCACGUAAGUGUUGUUAGUGUGGGUGGGUGUUGCUACUGCAAUUGCUGUUGCUGCUAUUAAAGCAGCAUAUCCAUCAACAUUUGGUCGAUUUAUAUGUCUAACACCCCUCCAGACUUUUGUUUCCCCCAGAUAGAAACUAGACCGAAGCGCAAAUCUAAAAUGAUUAAACCAAUCACGGCUGCUAUUGCAACUGGGGGGAUGGAAGGUGGACCUGGGGGGACAGAAGGAAAUGCAAUUAACGGUGGAGCUAAUACCGUUGGUCAUUGUAUAUGUGUCGUUGGUAAUCAACAAACGACACCAACAUCACCACCACCACCAUCACCACCAUCAAGUAACACUCCUAACGUCAUGAUAUAUUACAAAAAUACAUGGUGGAGAAAAGUUGCGCCCUGUUUGGCAUUUCUUGCUGCAUUUUCGACCGCCAUGGCUUUGCUUCUCGUUUGGAACGAAGCUGCCGAACUCAGGAGACAAGCUUUCGAUGCCAACAUGACCAGGGAUUACGUGCUUUAUAGCGUUUCCAUGGAUAACCCGCAACUGAUCGCUUACAUACGCGAAGUUCAUUUCAAACCAACUACUCAUCAAGAACUCCUAAAUGCUACUCAAACAUCCGAAGAGAAAUACGUAGCUAGUUCGAUGCAAAACAAACGCGAGGGUGUCUACGUAGAAUAUAUUAGUAGGAUAGGAGCAAUGUCCGGUACAGCUUGGCUCGAUUCGAAAUUGAAUUGGAAUGGCGUCUUGAUUCUUACGGAUCCUAGAAGUUUUUUCGAGGCACAGAAAAGUAGUCGUAAUACGAAAACUCGAGUUAUUCAUUCUUGUUUAAGUAACGACAAAGUCAUCAAAGAAAUAACGUAUCAUCAAGAAUCCGAGGUUCAAGUUACAAAAUUAGGGGAAGGUCCGAACAGUCUGGUAUCGUCUGACGAAAGUUUGCCAACGACCAGGUUAAAAUGUUUCCCUCUGUAUAGUAUACUCUUGGCCUACAAUGUUACAACUUUAGAUUACUUGAGUCUCGACAGUCCAGAUAUUCAAGAUGGCCAGGUUCUAGAUACAAUACCAUGGGAAACCAUAAGAAUAUUAAUUCUUUCUAUACGUUGGAAUACGCAUUACAGUACGACGGAAACGGAAAAUCUCAUUGACAAAUUAAACAGCAAGAGAUACAAACUCGUCGGUACUACUGACACUGGGAAAAAAAUCUUCAUUUACAACGCCCUACUUAAAAUUUAAUUUUAAUCAUUCGAAUUAAAAUAUAGACCAGGAGGGGGGAGGUGUGGUCGUAUCGAUCAUUUAAUAAACACACACACACAUAUUACAAAUACACAUUUUUCUGUGUAAUUGUAAUGUUGUGCAAUUUUGACGAUUAACUGAUGUGAUUAUAACGAAUUAUAUUCCUUAUAAAAUGAUAAACAUUGAUUAAUUCAAUCAUUCGUUACAAAUUUUAAAUCAUUCACGCGAGUAAAUUG